AUGCACCCGACUACACUCAUCCUAAGCUCAACCCUUUUAAUUAUCUUCGCACUUCUCACUUACCCCCUUAUCACCACCCUAAACCCAACCCCCCAACAUGAAAACUGAGCCCUUACUCACGUAAAAACCGCUAUCAAAACAGCUUUCCUAGUAAGCCUACUCCCCCUCUUUAUUUUCCUAGACCAAGGGACCGAAACAAUUGUUACUAAUUGACAAUGGAUAAACACCACAACCUUCGACAUCAACCUCAGUUUUAAAUUUGACCACUAUUCCAUUAUUUUCACCCCCAUUGCCCUCUACGUAACCUGAUCUAUUCUCGAAUUUGCAUCCUGAUAUAUACAUGCCGACCCCAAUAUGAACCGAUUCUUUAAAUAUCUCCUCCUCUUCCUAAUUGCCAUAAUUAUCUUAGUAACCGCCAACAACAUAUUCCAACUAUUUAUUGGCUGAGAAGGAGUUGGCAUUAUAUCGUUCCUCCUCAUUGGAUGAUGACACGGCCGAGCUGACGCUAAUACAGCUGCCAUACAAGCUGUGAUUUAUAACCGAGUCGGAGACAUUGGACUUAUUCUAAGCAUAGCAUGAUUCGCAACAAACCUUAACUCCUGAGAAAUUCAACAAAUAUUUGCCUCUUCAAAAGGACUUGACCUUACACUCCCACUCAUAGGCCUCAUUCUAGCCGCCACCGGUAAAUCAGCGCAAUUUGGACUUCAUCCGUGACUUCCUUCCGCGAUAGAAGGUCCUACGCCGGUAUCUGCCCUACUUCACUCUAGCACUAUAGUCGUAGCGGGCAUCUUUCUUUUAAUUCGACUCCACCCUCUUAUAGAAAAUAACCAAACAGCCCUAACCACCUGCUUAUGUUUAGGAGCCCUCACCACCUUGUUUACUGCUACCUGCGCCCUAACACAAAACGACAUCAAAAAAAUCGUCGCAUUUUCUACAUCCAGUCAACUGGGACUGAUAAUAGUAACCAUCGGACUUAACCAACCACAAUUAGCCUUCUUACAUAUCUGUACCCACGCAUUCUUUAAAGCUAUGCUAUUCCUCUGCUCCGGCUCAAUCAUUCACAGCUUAAAUGAUGAACAAGACAUUCGUAAAAUAGGAGGCAUACAUAACCUUACCCCCCUUACUUCAUCCUGCCUUACAAUUGGAAGCUUGGCACUUACUGGAACUCCAUUCUUAGCAGGAUUCUUUUCCAAAGAUGCUAUUAUUGAAGCCUUAAAUACCUCUCACCUUAACGCCUGAGCCCUCACUCUUACCUUACUGGCCACCUCUUUCACUGCCGUUUACAGCCUCCGAGUAAUCUUCUUCGUCUCUAUAGGACACCCCCGCUUUACAGCUGUAACCCCUAUUAAUGAAAACAACCCCUCCGUAAUCAACCCGAUCAAACGACUAGCCUGAGGAAGCAUCAUUGCAGGACUUCUAAUUACCUCAAACUUCCUGCCCUCCAAAACCCCAGUAAUAACUAUACCUCUCUCAUUAAAAUUGGCCGCCCUCCUAGUUACCAUCUCAGGCCUUCUAAUUGCAUUAGAACUUGCAUCACUAACUGGUAAACAGUUUAAAACUACGCCCAACCUCGUUACCCAUAACUUCUCAAACAUACUUGGAUUCUUUCCUGCCGUCGUCCACCGAUUAGCCCCAAAGCUAAACUUAACCCUAGGACAAACUAUUGCCAGCCAGAUAGUAGAUCAAACAUGAUUUGAGAAAAUCGGCCCGAAAGGAGUUAUCUCAACUAACCUGCCCAUAGUCACAACAACAAGCAAUAUCCAACAAGGCAUAAUUAAAACAUACCUCACUCUAUUUUUCCUCUCAACAGCUCUGGCCGUUCUACUUACAUUAACCUAA